UAUAGUUGUCUCCACCUGGUCGACGUCACGACUCUCAAGCCCACGGAGGAGCCCGUGAGCGACCUCCACUUCCUCAAACGGUGGAAUUUAAGUGGCGGGCAACCAACCUGAAGAAAAAGGGCAGCACGAAACCUAAAGAAACAAACUAAGGGAAAGCUUUUUUCCGCUAAAGACAGCGAUUACCCCUGCACCUGUGUGUGUGUGUGUGUGUGUGUGUGUGUGUGUGUGUUUUUGUGUGUGUGUGUGUGUUUGUGUGUGUGUGCGUGCGUGUGUGUGUCUGAGGUAUGAGCAUGGCGCCGUUUCUACGGAUAUCUUUCACUGCAUUUGACCUGGGGGCUCUGCCCCCUUCCACAGAAUCUCCUUUCUGCGCUGUCAAGAUGAAGGAGGCUCUCGGCACAGAGCGGGGGAAAACCCUGAUUCAGAGGAAGCCCACCAUGUACCCUGCCUGGAGGGCCAGCUUUGACGCCCAUGUCUACGAGGGGCGGGUCCUCCAGGUGCUACUCAUGGAGACCGCUGAGACGCCAUUGGCUGAGGUCACCAUGGGCGUGUCUGUCCUGGCUGAGCGCUGCAGGAAGGGAAACAGUCGAGCAGAAUUUUGGGUUGAUCUUCAACCCUCAGGGAAAAUCAUGAUGUCUGUGCAAUAUUUUUUGGAGGAUGCAGACACAGAGUGCAAUCGGCAGUCUGUGAUGAUGGAGGAGGAGCUCCCCACUCUGAACCGCAGGAGGGGGGCCAUUAAACAGGCCAAGAUCCACUUCAUCAAGAACCACGAGUUCAUCGCCACCUUCUUCCGCCAGCCCACCUUCUGCUCCGUCUGCAGGGACUUUGUCUGGGGACUCAACAAACAAGGAUACAAGUGCAGAGAGUGCAAUGCGGCUAUCCAUAAGAAAUGCAUCGAUAAGAUCAUCGGCAGAUGCACUGGCACUGCGGCCAACAGCAGAGACACAGUGUUUCAGAAGGAACGCUUUAAGAUUGACAUGCCACAUCGUUUUAAGACUCACAACUACAUGAGUCCCACCUUCUGUGACCACUGUGGGAGCCUGCUGUGGGGUUUGGUUAAACAGGGCCUCAAGUGUGAGGACUGUGCAAUGAAUGUUCACCACAAGUGUCAGAAGAAAGUGGCUAACCUCUGUGGCAUCAAUCAGAAGCUCCUGGCCGAGGCUCUCACCCAGGUUGGCCCGAAAUCCACUCGUCGUCCGGAGUCUAAAGACCUGGACACCAGCGUGUACCAAGACUUCGACAACAGCUCAGGAACAGACACUAAUGACGGAGCUCCUUAUGGUUGCCUGUGGGAUGGGACGGGCCCCCGCCCCCCCUCACGCAUCCUACACCAGACAUGCAUCAGCAUCGACAACUUCAUCCUGCACAAGGUGCUGGGUAAAGGAAGCUUUGGCAAGGUGCUGCUGGCCGAGCUGAAGGGCAGUGGUGAGUAUUUUGCGGUGAAGGCGCUGAAGAAGGACGUGGUGCUGAUGGACGAUGACGUGGAGUGCACCAUGGUGGAGAAACGAGUGCUGGCCCUCGCCUGGGACAACCCCUUCCUCACACACCUCUACUCCACCUUCCACACCAAGGAGCAUCUGUUCUUUGUGAUGGAGUAUCUGAAUGGAGGAGAUCUCAUGUUUCAUAUUCAGGAGAAAGGACGAUUUGACCUGUACAGGGCUACAUUCUACUCUUCAGAGAUUGUGUGUGGGCUGCAGUUUCUACAUUCCAAAGGCAUCAUUUACAGGGACCUGAAGCUGGAUAAUGUGAUGCUGGACGGGGAGGGCCACAUAAAGAUCGCUGACUUUGGCAUGUGUAAGGAGAAUGUGUUUGGGGAGAACCGCGCCACCACCUUCUGUGGGACACCUGACUACAUCGCCCCAGAGAUCCUGCUAGGCCUGCCUUACUCGUUCUCGGUGGACUGGUGGUCUUUAGGUGUGUUGGUGUAUGAGAUGCUGAUUGGUCAGUCUCCAUUCCACGGAGACGACGAAGACGAGCUGUUUGAAUCCAUCCGAAUGGACACACCCCACUACCCCCGCUGGAUUACCAAGGAUACCAGGGAGCUCAUGGAGAGGCUGUUUGAACGUGACCCCUCCCGCCGACUGGGGAUCGUGGGUAAUAUUCGUGGCCAUGCUUUCUUCAAGACCAUAAACUGGGCUGCUUUAGAGAGGAGAGAAGUGGAUCCCCCAUUUAAACCAAAAGUGAAAGCGUCCAACGACUGCAGCAACUUUGACCGAGAGUUCCUGAGCGAGAAGCCCCGCCUCUCCCACAGCGACAAGAGCCUGAUUGACUCCAUGGACCAGAGUGCGUUCUCCGGCUUCUCAUUCGUCAACCCCAAGAUGGAGAACCUCCUGCAGCAGAAGCAAUGAGCCGCCUCCUCGCCGCCGCCGUCGUCGCCGCCUCCCCUCCCGCCCUCCGUCCCUCAGCGCUGACCUGUCCGCCCAGGAUGGAAACGCCCGAUCCUGCACGCGGGCUCCACUAAACUAGCCGCUGAUGGGGGUCAUCCCUAUGUUCCCCGGUUUUCCCAAAAAGGGUCCUAUGUUCCCUGGUCGCAAUACAUAUACCGGGGAACAUAGGACCCUUUUUUGGAAAAACGGUUAAUAAAAAAAAAAGAAAAAAAGGGUCCUAUGUUCCCCAGUCCCAUAUAAUGUGGGGAACAUAGGACCCGGGGAACAUAGGACCUGGGGAACAUAGGACCUGGGGAGCAUAGGACCCGGGGAACAUAGGACCUGGGGAACAUAGGACCUGGGGAGCAUAGGACCCGGGGAACAUAGGACCCGGGGAACAUAGGACCUGGGGAACAUAGGUACGCUCCCCGCUGAUAAUGUGUACAUGCCUCGUAGCAGACACUAUCCUCUAUGCGUAUGUCAGAGCAAUAUGUGCUACAAGUUUGCUUGAAUAUCUGAGAGACAGAUAAAACAAGACGCAUAAACAUCAAAUGCAUUUUGCCACUAUUCGAAUGUUGUCUCAACAAGUCAUUUUUGUGAAUGUGGCAUAGGCUACGUUCAGGGAUGCACAUACAGUAUGGACAUUCUUACAAAAUUGCUCAAAGAGACCAUGCUUUGCUGAUGCAUUGCUUCAGCUUGAUAUAACCGAACGUAGCGUAGCAUAAGAGGAAUCUUUAGGAAAUGUAGUGUUGCAAACAGACUUUUGUUAUAGGGCACAUCAUCAUGACACAGACAUGAUUGACAGGAGGCUUACAGUAUAGCCACAUGGUCUGUGAUGCAUCCUCAUCCUAGCAGACUAUGGCUUCCUUCCUUCCUUUCUUGCUUCCUUCCUUGCUUCCUUGCUUCCUUGCUUCCUUGCUUCCUUCCAGACACCUGAGGGACACACCAUCACACCAUGAACCAUCUUGGCCUAGAAAAGCCAGCCUCCCCACUACCACCAGCCUUUACCAGCUCUUAGUGAGUGCAUUUACAUGCACGCUAAAAAAACUGAUAAUUAUCGGGGUUUUGUAGUUAUCUGGUUAUUCAAGUGCUCAUGUAAACAGAAUAAACCGAUAUUCAUUUUCGGUUUACUUGCCGUUAUCGGUUUAUACAAAAUACACACCUACUGUAGGUUUCUGUCAGUAUUCUGAUUUCUUCAAGACAUGUGUACACCUUAAACGGUUUAUUCCAGUUACCCGAUCAUUGACGGUAUUAUUGUACUAUGUAAACACGCUCAUUCCUACUCACUCUGUUCAGUAACACUCCCUCCCUGCUCAGUAAGAUAGCUAGUCAUGAUCACCUUCACACUCCAGACGGAAUUAACUGCAGAUAUUUUGCGUAAAUGUUUGUUUCAGUGGACGCUUGGAACUAGAGUGGAAUACAGUACAUGAGAAUAGAAACUGUGUAUAGAAAGCUGUAGGAGUUUUAGACUUUGCAUGUUAAGGUAAUCCUGACAGUGCUACCUAUAAUAUUGUGCGAUGUAAUCACUGCCAUAAGGCUAUAAGCAAAAACUCAUUACACACCUCAACACAUAAAAUUAACUCAGUGAAAGAAAUAUACUCCACAUUCCUCUUUUGCCAUCAUCACUAAUGUUCCUCAAAGUUAUUAUUUUUUUUCUCAUAAACUCCUCUUCAUUUACCCUCAACCUAGUUUCAAAAGAUCAGGUGAGAUUUCAGGACUUGGUGUUCAGAGUUCAACAGAGUGUUGAUGCAUUGGUUUGUAUAGCAUGCUGACAUGCCCACUUCGCGGGCGUAUGCAGGUUUCUUUGGGGGAAAGGCCAGGAAUGUAAUGUUCUCAGCUUCAAAUGUCUGAUGCCAUCUGCCACCAGAAUUUCAACCACUUGACUUGAGACGUGUUCUCACACUGAAGACACAGUCACUUCUCACCUUGCGACACAGCCGCACGACAACCUACCCAUCACCAAACACUCACAGUCCUGUCUGUUAUUUGUAGCCAAUAGUGUAUUAAUAUAGACACAUGCAUAAGACUUGGCUAGAGCUGACUCUCAUUCAGCCUUAUAAAAGCAGCAGGUAUGAUGUGCUAUUAUUAGUUGUUUAAACUUGAUCAAUAAGGGUAAAAAGUGCUGGGGAUGGAGAGUUGUAAGGGGUGUUGGUUAAAGCAUGCAGCUCAGAUGCAAGCUUGUGAAACUAGUUAUCUCUUAGAUCUAAACGAAACUAUACUAUGACUAAGUUCCUCCAUAUUCUUUAAGAUUAAGACAAGCCAAUGCAAACUACUGAAGUGUAUAAUAUUUGUAUAUUUAGGUAUGAUAUAUAAGGGUAUGUGGGUAUCUUUUGACUCAAGUCUAUUGUUUGUGUGUUUUGUGCCUGUUUGUAUGUUAGUUUUAUAUUACAUCUUGUCAUUGGGUGAGGAACUCCGUGUUCAAUCUGUAACUGUUUUGUUGCAAUAAAGAUAUUACUGUAAAUGUGAAA